CGACAAAAGCCUCGAAUAAAAAUGAAAUCAUCAACAAAAGAGCAACAAGAGUUUCUCUCCCCAUCGUUCCACCUCUCGUGUUUUUCAAUACGGUAACGUGACUUCACACGAAAAGGGGGCUUAGCCCGUGGUGGCAAAGCCAACCCAACCCCCCAGGGUUUCUUUUUUCCAUUCGUGUUAUGUAGUGAGAGAGAAAGAGAUGCACAGCCCCACGGUGGAAGUGGGUGGUGGUGGUGUGCGGGAGAGCUUUUUGUGUGCCCACAUAAUCCUCCAUACAAAUGGAGACUGCAGCACCACAACGGGCGGGAGUCGACGAUCGUCUCGUCUGCAGCGCGUUUACCGCGUGCAGCGCUCAGUAUUUCUUUUUCGCUUUUCAGUUUGAACGUUGUGUAGAACGGGGGUCAGUCUAUUAUUCAAAAACCCCGGGACCGCCGAGUGCUCUGUGUGUGUGUGUGUGCCCAGUGUGUGUCUGAUACACACACACAGUAUCUGUGUGUGAGUGUGCAUACAUGCAGAAGUGAAUCAAUUGUAUAAAGUUGAAACGUUGCAACAACCCCCACACACACGGUGUGUGUCGCAGCUCUACGGCUUUUUCCACGACGUGAAACCUCUGGUCGAGCCAACGUGAAUGGCAAAACACAAAACAUUCUGAGCCAGUGACAACAACAGCACACACCUAAACUGUGUGUGUGUGUUUCAGCCUCAUCAUCAUUUUCUUCUUCCAAGGAUAGAAAAAAGGCGUGGACCUGGCAACAACAAUGUUGCGCAGUUGAUGCCAUCAGCAACAACAACAACAACAAACAAUUUCGUCCGAACCAAUAGAAAGGAGCUCACGCAAAAGAAUCGAGUUACAUUAUAUUCCCAGUGUCCAGGGAGGACCCAGCAGCGAGAGCCAAGGAUGGAGAUUCAUCGACAACAGCCCAGAGAAAUGAAACGAAAACGUUUCAAGCCGUGGGAGAACAUUCGGCGCAUGUUCCAGCGCAAGAAUUUGACAGCCAGCGAACACCACCAUCAUCAUCAAAAUCUUCCGGCGCCGUCGCCUCCGCCCAGAGGUCAAAGUUCUUCCACUUCCAGACUCAGUGGCGUUUUCGGCCUGGCCGGCGGCUCGUCGCGCAGUCGCUCGACCAGCGAGUUACUAACAACCGAACCGCAACCCAUUCCCGCAAGUUGCACGAUCAACAACAGGGCGGCUACGGUGGCCGCCGCAGGAUCCCUGGGCGCCGGUUUGAGCGUUUCACACGACUCGGUUUUCGGGUUGGACAUCUCGCCGGAAUCCGAUGCCUAUUUCACUCAUCACCGGAACCAACCGGCCGCCGAAAGUCUUCCCUCAUCCGCCUCAUUUCAGUACAUGAGCGAGUUGAGAGCAGCUAUUGGUGGAAGACAUCGCUCGGCCGAAGAUGAUGAAGGUCUACCUCGUUCGCCCGUCAAUGCGACGCCGACGACGGCCCAGGUCCUUGUGGACUAUUCGAUACACAACAACAACAACGCCGGGCACAGCGGUGGAGGAAGUGACCCGUCUCUGCUGAGCAUCAACAGCUGCGAGCUGGACGAGGCGCCGUUUGUCAGUCUGCGCAAUCAACAGCCACAAGCUCAGCCUCAGCCUCAACAACAGUCGGGCAAAGUUCUCCAGAAGGCCGGCGGUAGCAACAACAACAACAACACUGCCACAGAGAGCGAUGGUCGUCUGGAUGCCGCCGAUGACGGAUUACUGGGCAUGGCAGCUCCGUUGAAUCACAGCGCUGCCCGGCACAAGAUUGCCAUCCGACCUAAAAGGAAUCACGCUCCGGCUAGACCUCGUCAAUUACCUCAGUUGGCCGAAGGACCGGUGGAAGACGAUUUGGCAUGGACUAGCCAUCCGUCGGGGGAGAUUGACCAGCAAGUUCAACAUGUUCAACCGUCGGUACCGGAGCGCAAGAAUCGCAUUGGCCGACUCUUGCGAUCCGAGCCAGUUUCCGCUGGAGCUUUCACUAAAUUGCGCUCCGUCUCCCUGUCACGGACGGAAGAUUCUGCCAUCAAAGAGGCUCCCAUUUACCCGGUUCCAUCCAGUGCCGAUCCCAGCAGCAGCAGCAGCCACCCAGCUAGUACUAAGCCGUCGGCUGGAUCUUCGUCGGUCAAACUUGCCCGGAGCAAGUCUAGCGUCGAGAAGAAGAUCCAGCACGAAGUGGCCGUCUUUUGGCGCCGUACCAAAGAGGGUAAACUCUUCCAGAAGAAAGAGACCCCCGACAAAGAAGGGCCAGCCAAUGCUGAUCAGGGUGGAUCGAAAGGGCAGCAGCAGCAGCCGCAGUUGCUGGAAGUGCCCGAAGCCAAACGUAAAGAUUUGCGCAAAAUCAAACGAGACAAGGAGGAAAAGCGGAAGAGGAGCGACGCCAGUGCCAACAAAGAGGAAUCGUCACCGCCGUUCCUGUCCAGGAUAUUCGGAUCGCGGAGGAGUAGCAGACGACUUCGGAAGAAGACGCCACCACCAGCAGCACCACCGUCGCCUCCGCCAAAGAGCCGGACGCCAUCGCCGGCUGUCGCGACGGAACCCGUUCCCGUUCCGCGAUCCGCUUUCCGCCACGAAGAAGAGGAUGACGACGAAGAGAUGGAGAUCGAUUGGCGGAUCCCUCAUCAGCCAACGUACACCUACGCUCCUCCGCCGAGUCGAUCGGCUCCUCCGCAGACGAGCCGCUUGGUGGAGAAAUGGGCAGAAACGGAUUUCCAUGCAGUGCGAGCGCCGAUGGCUUCGCCCAAGGCCAGCCGGAUGGAAGAAUGUCUGAAAAUGUCGCCCACUCCGACCCGUCAUCAUCGCAUCCACAUCGCCGGGCUGUCGCCUUAUCAGCGCCGGGUGGCGCGGAUCGGGAACGGGCUGGAAAUAUCGGACGACGAAUGGGACAAGGAACCGGCCAUCUCGCCCACUCGCUCCUACCAUUUCCGACCGGAAGACAAAGAUCCGGAACGACGAUCGGGACUGUCGCUUAACUUGGAGAACUCGAUGAAGAGCCUUCCGGUAAAUAUCAAUCAGGAAUUCACCUUGAAGAAGGCCUCGCCCACCGGUUGCCAGGUGCCUCCGCCGUUGUCUCCCAUCGCCGGCGAAAAUCUCCGGCGCUCCUUCGAGAUCCUGAAAUAUUCCAACGAAGGAUUGAAGAAGACGAUCCACAGUUUCAAUCCGAAACGGAUGAGCCAGUCGUCUGAUCAACUCCACUUGUCGGACGGGAGUGCCGGCCAGCGCGAGUCGUCCGGAAGCCUGUCCAAUUCGACUAGCAGUCUCAACAUCUCGGAUGCGGAUGACACGGCCGAAACCAACGGCUCCUUGAUUAGCCUCUCGGCCCAAUCGACGGGAGAGAAGGACGUCAGGGAUGACAUUCUCAUUGUCGACGAUCACAAGGAGACGAUCCAUCAUCAGGUUGUCGAUUGGACGGAAUCUAAACCCGCCGAGCAGGAGGAUCAACUGGGUCCGGAAUUAUUGUGCAAUGAGGAAUCUAUUGUCGUCGCCAACACUCUGGUGGAUUCUUCGUCUAGUCAUCCAGACAUCAUUCCGGAAUCGGGACAAAAUGUCCAACCGAGCCGGAAGACUUCAGUCACCCACCACAACAAUAUCACGGCCGGAUCGAAUGUCUAUGAGACGGAAAUCCGCUCCAAACCGCCAUCAUCGCCGGAAGAGCCAAUCCGACCGGCGACUAAACACAAGUCUUGGGAGAGUCGUCAGUUGGUGGCUCCUAUUGAACCCCCCGCAAUGUUCUCGAUGUCGGUGCGGGUCCAGAAUCCGCCGGAUGUCAAAUUCAAGCGCAGCAUAAGUAACCCGAGCAACGAGACAACUCCAUUGACCAUCGCUCCGGAAGCUCCAGCGAUGAGGAAACUUUCGGACACGUUCCAACAUCAGCCGUCGAGACCUUUCAUCAUGUCGGUGCGGAUGGGCGGGGCGGAUGGCGAAGGAACUCCGGCGUCUCUCCCUCCGCAGCAGCUGAUGGCCAAACUCUCUGCCCGCCCCUGGCAGAGCAAGGAGGAGAAGGAUCGACAGAAUAAAGUGGCGCUCGUUAGAAGUCAGCACGCGGAACCGGAUCCUCCUCCGUCCGUCAAACCGGAAGAAGUUGAAAUUCCUCCAGCGGAGCCAGUCAAAUUACGCCCAAAGACACAGGCCAAGGAGGAAACUUCUGAGCUGUUGAAAGUUUUCGCCAGACGAUCGGUAAAAGUCAGAGACAGCAAGGAUUUGACGGAUGCGAUGGCGAACACGACGGAAGCCAAUGCUGAAGCCAGGAAUGAAAUGUUGAGCGCCGGAGGAUCGAUACCGGUCAGUAGUCGGACGUCACCAUCAGCAGCAGCAGAUUGCGUCACGAAGGAAGAUAUUACAACUGGACCUGCAGAAGUUAUUGCCCAGUCAGUCGAAAAAAUGGAUCUCUCCAAGGAAAAGAUUCCGCCGAAGAAAGUUCCCAAACCUCCAGUAGCCAUCCGGACGACGAUGGGACAGCCGCCGCCUUCAAUCGACCCCCCACCGCCUGCUGAUCGAUUCCUGAAAUCAUCCGGCAAAGUGCCACCUUUCUUCCGCCCAGGAGCUCAUGAAUCCACUUUGCCCAAUGAUAACCCGGUUCCUAGCGUCCGUCCGUUUGUCCCGCUCAUCAUCCGCCUUCCGGCCGAUGACAAGAGCGCUAGUGAUCCAUCGGACAAGAGUUCCAAGAGCUCCAGUCCUACUAGCCCGUCUCAGGCCGACCCGUCAGUCUUUGAAGAAAGUAGUAGUGUCAGCGACACUAAUCGCAUUAUUGAAUCCACUUCCGUCACGACCGAUGCCGAAGUCGUGUGGAAGAAACAUCAGACCAAACCACGUCCAUCCGACCGGUUCCUAUCCGCUCACAAAUUCGCUGCUAAAACCAUCGAUGAAGAGGUGAAGGCGGCGACUGCAAUUCCACCCACCAGGCAAUCCAAAGUGCUGGAUAUGGUCAACAACUUCCAGCGUUUGCAAGUGACGUGAUCAAUUUAAAUCCCCCCAGCUGCCUCUCUCUCUCUUUGAUGAUGUAUACACCUGCUGAUUUGAUUGAUGGUGUAAAAUCCUCCAUCGUUGAUUUUUGACAUUGAUAUUCGUUUUUUCUUUUUCGUGUAAAGUAUUAAUUUUCUUUUUCCUUUUUUGUUUUUGCUUUUUUGUUUU